AUGCCCCUCAUCAAAGUCAACAUUGCAAGCUCUUGCCAUGAUUCCAAUGGUGUGCAGGACAUGUGUGUUGCUGGCGCCUUCCAGAACUUCACUACUCAGCUUCUGAAUUAUAAAGAAGGCAGUGGUGAUCGUCGACAUAACAUGACUGAGGCCUUGUUAUUCUUGUCUCACUUCAUGGGCGAUAUUCAUCAGCCAAUGCGUGUUGGAUUCACUAGUGACGAAGGAGGAAACACUGUAGAUCUCCGCUGGUUCAGGCACAAAUCCAAUCUCCACCAUGUGUGGGACAAAGAGAUCAUUGCCACUGCUUUAAAAGAUUAUUAUCAAAAAGAUUUGAACCUCCUCUUGGAAGACAUAGAGGGGAGCUACACAGAUGGUAUCUGGUCAGAUGAUGUUCAAUCUUGGAGUCACUGCGAAGAUCUCUCUAGCUGUGUAAAUAGCUGGGCAAAAGAGAGUAUACAAAUAGCUUGCAAAUGGGGUUACAAAGGGGUUGAAUCUGGUUUGACUCCAGCAGAUGAUUACUUCAACUCGAGAAUGCCUUUGGUGAUGAAGUGA